UUUACACGGGAUACACAUUUCGGUUUACACCGUAUCCGGUUGUUCCAUGUCGUUGUUAUUGUUUAAACCGGUUCUUUUAAGAAUCUAAGAAACUCCACACAAAACAAUGAGGCUAAACAUCGAUGGGUUGUUGGUUUACUUUCCAUUUGAUUACAUCUACCCUGAACAAUACCUUUAUAUGACCGAGUUGAAGAAAAGCCUUGAUGCUAAGGGCCAUUGUGCAUUGGAAAUGCCGUCAGGAACUGGCAAAACUGUAUCACUGCUCAGUCUCAUUACAGCUUAUAUGAGGUGCCACCCUUUAGAUGUCACAAAAUUAAUAUAUUGUUCCAGAACUGUUCCAGAAUUGGAGAAGGUGGUGGAAGAAUUAAAGGUUGUCAUGAAAUAUUAUGAAAAAGAGACAAACGAGAAACCAAAUAUUCUUGGCUUGGCCUUGUCUUCCAGGAAGAAUAUGUGCAUCAAUCAGGAGGUUCUCUCUCACCGAACUGGCAAAGUAAUUGAUAGUAAGUGUCUGGCAUUAACAGCAUCCUAUGUCCGUAAGCAACACAAAUACAAUGAGAAGAUUCCAAUCUGUGAGUUUUAUGAAGAAUUUGAUGCUCAUGGCAGAUCAACUCCUAUGGAACCAGGUGUAUAUAACUUGGAUGAUUUAAAAGAUUAUGGCCGAAAGAGAAAACGCUGUCCCUAUUUCUUUACAAGAUAUAUGAUCCAGCAAGCCAACGUCAUCAUCUACAGUUAUUAUUACCUUCUCGAUCCAAAAAUCGCAGCAAUUGUCUCCAAUGAAUUAAACAAGAACUCUGUAGUUGUCUUUGAUGAAGCACACAACAUUGAUAAUGUCUGUAUAGAGUCUAUGAGUGUGACAAUUAACCGACAAAUCCUGGACAGAUGUUCCAAUAGUAUUGAGAAGUUAAAGAGACAUGUAGAAAAAAUCCGAGAGAUAGAUGAAAACAAACUAAAAGAAGAAUACCACAAACUGGUGGAAGGUUUGAAGGAUGCAAGAAUUGCCAAAGAGACUGAUGUGAUCUUAUCCAAUCCAGUGGUUCCUACCGAAAUUCUUGAAGAAGCUGUGCCUGGAAACAUUCGGAAUGCAGAACAUUUCUUGGCUUUUAUGAAGCGUUUUGUGGAAUUCUUGAAAACCAGACUUCGUAUCCAGCAUGUCGUUUCCGAGAGUCCACCUUCCUUCCUCAAAGAUUGUUCUCAGAAAGUUUGUAUUGAAAGGAAACCUCUCAGAUUCUGCAGUGAACGUCUUCAGUCUUUGAUGAGAACUCUAGAACUGACCGACAUUGAUGACUUCUCCAGUCUGAACCUCAUAUCUAACUUUGCCACUCUGGUCAGUACUUAUGCUAAAGGUUUCAUAAUAAUCAUUGAACCAUUUGAUGACAGGACCUCGACAUACACUAACCCAGUGAUGCACUUCAACUGUAUGGAUGCCUCUAUCGCUAUUAAACCAGUCUUUGACAGAUUCCAGACAGUUGUUAUCACAUCAGGGACGUUGUCCCCUCUUGAGAUGUACCCCAGAAUCUUGGACUUCCAUCCAGUUAUAAUGGCAACAUUCUCUAUGACGUUAGCAAGGCCCUGUAUUCUUCCAAUUGUAAGUGUUCCAGUAUCUUCUUUCUAUUUCAUCAAACUAGAUUCAGCUGUCAUACGGAAUUACGGGAAUCUUUUGGUGGAUCUCUGCCGGAUUGUCCCUGACGGAAUUGUGGGUUUUUUUACCAGUUAUUCUUACAUGGAAACGAUUGUUGCUUCAUGGUAUGAAACGGGAAUUAUUGACAGUUUACAAAAGAACAAACUUUUAUUCAUUGAAACUCAGGAUGCAGCCGAGACCAGCCUGGCUUUGUUUAAUUACCAGAAGGCCUGUGAAAAUGGACGGGGUGCUGUCUUACUUUCUGUAGCCAGAGGCAAAGUUUCGGAGGGAAUUGAUUUUGAACACCAUUUCGGGAGAGCUGUGAUUAUGUUUGGUGUUCCUUAUGUCUACACUCAGAGCAGAAUCUUAAAGGCACGACUGGAAUAUCUCCGAGACAACUACCAGAUUCGCGAGAAUGACUUCUUAACAUUUGAUGCCAUGAGACAUGCAGCUCAGUGUGUUGGGAGAGUUCUUCGUGGUAAAACAGAUUAUGGAAUCAUGGUUUUUGGAGAUAAAGUAAAUAUGCUUUUGUUUUUUAUCUUUCCAAAUUAUUUCUUCCCUAAUGUGUAAAUGUACAAGAGGGUA